CGCCGUCGCGUCGCCGUGGAAAACUUCCGCUUGCGUCUGCCCGCUGUACACGUUGGAACCUGGUGAAAAAUCGGGCUUAUACCGGUGCCAAAGUGCCCCUUAUUUAUUUAAUGCGUGCUCUUCCACGCCUGGACCUCACAUUAUGUGCUCCAUGCGAAUGCUUAUAGCUUUUGUGGCCAUCGUGCAGACUGCGUUUGGUGUAGAGCUGACUUUCGAGCUGCCGGACAACUCCAAACAGUGCUUUCACGAGGACAUCGAGGCGAACAAACAGACUACGGUGGAAUUCCAGGUGGUGACGGGCGGCCACUACGAUGUGGACAUGACGCUGAAAGGGCCGAACGAUGAGACCCUGUACCAGGGCGUGAAGAAGCAGUUCGACACGGUCAAGAUCACGCCGAAGACGGCCGGCACGUACACGGCCUGCUUCUCGAACGAGUUCUCUACCUUCUCGCACAAGCUGGUCUACAUGAACUUCCAGGUGGGCGAGGAGAAGCCCCUGCCGGGACUGGGCGAGCACUACACGGCCAUGACCAAGAUGGAGUCUUCUUCCGACUCUGUGCACAACAACCUGAAGACCAUCGUGGACUACCAGACGCACCACCGGCUGCGCGAGGCACAGGGCCGCAAGCGUGCCGAGGACCUGAAUGCGCGGGUGCUUUACUGGUCAAUUGGCGAAACCGUAGCUAUGCUGGUCAUCUUCGUCGGACAAGUCUUCGUGCUCAAGGGUUUCUUCACUGAGCGAAAAACCAUUGUGACCACGUAAAAUUGCUCCCGAGCCCUCCCUGCCAGACUGUUGCCAGCAUCCCCCCCCAUUCCGACCGCGUCGCCUUCAGUUCCCUCGUUUCCCCGUUUUUUUUUUUUUCUCUCUCUCUCUCUCUCUGUUCACCGGGAUAAUACAGCACAUUUGGGCUGGUUGUUCGUUCAUAGGGCGUCGCGAAUGCUACGCGGUAGAAAGCGAUAUCGAGGUGGUGCCUGCACACGUAUGACGGAACAGGGGGGGGGGGGGGGGGGGGGGGGGACUUAGUCGUUGCACAGUUUUCACCUUGCGUUGCCUUGAAGUGGGCGUUCCGGGAAUGGCGAUUACGAAUCGACAACGUUGCACAACCGUCAUGAAAGGGGGCACCCCAAGAGAGCACGCGUCAUCUCGGUUAUUUUCUUUUGAUUGCUUUCUUUUAUUUUUUUGCUGAGCCAGGCGCAUUUGGAAGGCACAGGAUAUCGGACAGCUAACGUCGGCAGGUUGGUAACGGUAGCUGCGAGGCAUUUGGCUUGUUUUGCGGAUUCUGCAGCGCCAUCUGUCGUUCCGCGUCUCUACCACCCAACGCGUGCUGCACGCAAGGUACGAGCCGUCUAAGUAGGGGGGAGCAAGCGUGGCAGUUACAUGCGGAGCAAGCUGAUCUGGGAAGCCUAUACGGAUGGGCCACAUUUCAGUGGAGGUUGCCUGCUAGUGAUCAUUGCUGAAGCGCGUACACCAAGAAACUCGUGUGUGUGGUAAUAAGUGUAUCUGUGUCCCUAGAGGACUUGGUUGAAUGCGGCAUCUUAUUUUUGAUGGGAUUAAACUGAAAGGCAUGUAGAAACUUAAAAAACUGGCGCUUCCUUGAGAGGUGUAUGUGCAAAUGAUGAUACGGAAUUCAUUAAAAAACGAUGCAACUUAAAAAGUGUCCAUAAGAGAAGAUUGCCUCCCUGGCGUCUUGUGCGGCUAGCAGAUCACUGGUGUUACGGCACCCAUAGGACAACGACGCCUCAAAGGCGGGUGCGAUGCUAUCAGCAGUUAAGUGAAUUUCGGCAGCGCACAGUGCUUGAUAUUCACCAGCAUAUCACUUUCGGGCAUCGUUAUCAUUCAAAGCUCAUCGCUCAUGGUGGGCAUCACAUCUCCAUCGUGAAGCUUCACCAGCUUCUGCCAUGUCGGGCAAUCUGCAAAUGGUUUUCAUUCAAAUGAAGUAGGGUGCUCUAAUUUUGGUCCCACAGCCUACGAUAUGUCUUAAUGUGAUAUGCGCCCUGUGAUCGGAAUAAAUAUCGAAGGAAAAUCUCUCGGUAACGAAAAUCUCACAGAAAGAGCACAGAGAGAUAUAUAACGCAACAGGCAGCAUUUGCAGCGCAAAAAUUUCCAGGCGUGGUUGCAAGUCGUCGAGAGGGUAUGGUCAUUACCGCCGUGCGUCCCUGUACCUCUACGCUUCAUGCCAUAUUUUUUCGGAACAGUCGCGAUUCGAAUCUCCCGCCUAGCACAGCGUUGUGGGCAAACCACUUCAUGACUCGGCUUGCGUAAACCUGCCGCCACCCCGCACCUUCGUGUCAUGUGAGCUCGAUGUGACACGUGCUCAUCUGUAAAUAAUCUUUGUACGACGCUGAUGACCCAGUCAUAGAGAAGCGUGGUCUGAUGAGUUCGGGAGCUGUUGCUAUAUCGGCGGGAGCACGGAAUUUUAAAGUUUAAGUGAGGCUAUUCUCAGCUAGUGAUACGCCACCGAGGUGCGGGGAAACGGGGGUCUGUUUUUUGUGAUUAGAAAACCACGUCGUGAUUCGAGAGUGACCAAUAAAGAGAGCACUUGCACCAUGA